AUGGAUAAAACAAAGUCGACAACAACUACUGCUAGUGGCACAUCGUCUAGGUUCACUACAAAUAAACUCAAGAAAUCAUCGCCACCACCCACAACUACUGCUAAUACUGUACAUAGUACAGCAGCAGCAGCAAUUACAACAAGCAGCAAUACCGUGUUAUCUCGACGUGUUCAUCGAGUUCUACAAGAUUUUCUCGUGAUCUGGCUUGAUUCAAACGUUGACGAAUCCAAAAAUGACUUUAAAAAAUCAAUACAACGUCUACGACAUAUUGUAGCAUCCGUCAUAACAUUUACAGAUGUUCAAGAAUGUAUUGAUUUUCUCAGUGAAAUUAAGAAUGAAAGGGUCUAUAUGAUUGUAUCUGGCUCAGUAGGACGACAUUUAAUACCGGAAAUUUAUACAUGGCCACAAUUGAACUCCAUUUAUAUCUUCUGUGGCAAACAAUCGGUUCAUGAAGAAUGGGCUAAAGCAAUAUCAAAGAUAAAAGGUGUAUACACAAAAAUCAAACCAAUUUGUAAAGCAUUACAAAUUGAUCGUGAACAAUGUGAUCAAGCUAUGAUUUCGAUCAGUUUUCAUGGCAUUGAUGCGUUGUUUAUGUGCACACCAUUACUUAAAGAAGUUUUUUCGGAAAUUGAUGAUGACAAAGCUAAAUCUAUUAAAGAACUCGUUGAUUACUGUCGCCUUCAAGACGAUAUUCCUGAAAACGAGAUUGCAAAUGUCGAACAAGAAUAUAAUCUUCAUAAACCCAUUUGGUGGUAUACAGCUCCAUGUUUUAUUUCUUCGAUGCUUAAUCGAGAGUUCAUUCAAGAGAAGUGCCUCAUUUUGGACGAAUAUUUACCACAUACUUGGUCACGAAUUAUGAAUUCAAUGGCUCAAAUGCCAUAUGAUGCUGUUAAAUAUAAACCAAAAUCAAAUAACAAUUCAUUAUCACAAACACCAAAAUUAAAUGAUACAACAACAACAACAAUUGCAUUAUCUCCAAUUAAUACAAAUGAGAAUGAACCAUGA